UAGUAACAGGCUGUACCGUGUUGUUCAAGUGUACAUGUACGUGGGUGUGGGAGCGGAGUGACGUGCAAGUUGUUCGCGUAUCCCGAUUUCUUCUGUUCAGCAAAAACUCGGGAAAUACAUGUCUGGUAGAAAUGAAGGGCGCGCGGCAGUCGCCAGCUCGUGACGUCUGUUGAGCGAUGGAGGGCGGCGGCGGCGGCUCGUGCGACGGCGGCGUGGGGGUGGGGCUGGGCGUGUCGGGGGGCGGCGUGGGCGGCGCCAAGCUGCCGCACUCGCACUCGACGCCGGCCGGCGUGGACGGGGGCGGCUCCCGCACGCCCCCCGCCACCCCCAAGAAGGCCGGCAAGAUGCUCGCCGUCAGGGUGCAGAUGCUCGACGACACGGUCACCAUGUUCCAGGUCCAGGCCAAAGCAUUGGGGAGAGUGCUAUUUGAUCAAGUCUGUAAACAGCUACAUCUUUUAGAAGCUGACUACUUUGGUCUCGAGUAUCAGGAUGCAAAUACCACAAAGUAUUGGCUUGAUCUUGAGAAACCACUUUCGCGACAAGUGGGCCUCUCUCUUGUGGAUCCAUUGCUGCGUUUCUGCGUGAAGUUCUACACACCAGACCCCGCACAGCUGGAAGAAGAAUUUACACGCUACUUGUAUUGUCUCCAAAUCAAACGAGAUCUGGCUCAGGGACUUUUGCAGUGCAAUGACAACACUGCUGCCUUGAUGGCGUCGUAUAUAGUACAAGCUGAAUGUGGUGACUAUGUUGUUGAAGACUACCCAGAUCACACAUAUCUUUCUACGUACAAGUUUGUGCCAAAUCAGGAUCCUGAGCUGGAAAGGAGAAUUAUGGAGAACCACAAAAAACAUGCCGGCCAGUCUCCAGCGGAAGCAGAUUUAAAUCUCUUAGAGACUUCCCGUCGUUGUGAACUGUAUGGUAUGAAAAUGCAUCCAGCCAAGGAUCAUGAAGGUGUUCCUUUAAAUCUUGCUGUUGCUCACAUGGGAAUUGUUGUCUUCCAAAAUUUUACCAAAAUUAAUACAUUUUCCUGGGCAAAAAUUAGAAAAAUCAGUUUUAAAAGAAAGAGGUUCCUCAUUAAACUGCAUCCUGAAGGCUACGGCUACUAUAAAGACACUGUUGAGUUUUUUUUCGAAGGCCGCAAUGAGUGCAAAAAUUUUUGGAAGAAGUGUGUGGAAAACCAUGGAUUUUUUCGCUGUUCAUCUGUUAAACGUGUUCCAAGACAAAAGACCCGAGUAUUGAGCCGAGGUUCAUCAUUCAGAUACAGUGGGAGAACACAGAAGCAAAUUGUCGAAUUUGUUCGUGAAAACUAUGUAAAGAGGCAGACAUUCCAGAGGUCUCAGUCGUUCCGACAUUCGAGCUCGGUCCACUCGAGUGUAGUGAACGUGGGGACCAGUUUAUCAGCUCAUCCUUUGUUACCACUGGGGGAUAAUGCUGUCGCCGGCACUCCAGCGUCUCUGUCUUGCGGAUCGAUGACGCUGGGGUCGACAGAUCCCCGCCGCAGGACACCGAGUAUGACAGCGACUUCAUCACCGACACAUACAGCCGAUAUCCACGACUUCGACACACGCGACUUUGUUAUUGCUCCCACCCUGACGCCCUCACCACCUCUCACCACUUCCCUAUCGCCAGGGACAUCAGUUACUUCCAGUCCCCAGCAUUUUUACCCCAGGACCCCAGGCCAGCAGAAUGCUACGGACGACGAAGAACAAGAGUUUGUGAACGCACGGCAGCAGCCACAUCCGCAGAGCCCUUACCGUCACCCGAACACAGGGCUUGAAGUCUUAGAAAAUGUCACACCAAAUGAAGGGAAGAAAGGCCAUCCAUUCCUUGCUGCAUCAACACCAAAUCACAGUGCCAGAAAUAAUGGUGACAUCUCAACAAAUCAUAUUGUAAAAGGUGAUAACAAUAUAAAAUCACCAGAUGUCUCACCUGUGAAGAACAUGAAGGAUGAAACUCCAAAUCAGAAACAAACAGCUGAUGGUGAAGUUGAAGUCAGGAAGAAGAGAUUUCCAAUUGACCGUGCUUACUUUAUAGCCAAGGAGUUAUUGAUGACGGAAAGGACAUACAGAAAAGAUUUGGAAGUAAUUAACUUGUGGUUUCGAGAUGAAGUAACAAAAGAAGAGGAAGAAAUGCCUGAUGAGGUAGUCAAUCUGUUACUGGGACUUGUAGAGCCCCUUCAUGAAGCACACACUGCUUUGCUUCGUGAAGUGGAACAGAGACUCGCAACAUGGGAAGGACGUGGAAAUGCACAUUUAAAGGGUGACUACCAGCGUAUUGGGGACAUUUUUCUGAAACAUAUGUCUGUUCUUCCAUUAUAUGAUGAGUAUCUGGCAAUGCACCUAAUGGUACUACAUCAACUUGAUGCAGCAUUUCGGCGUAACAAGAAGUUUGAACAGCUGUAUCGUGAUUUUGAAUUACAAAAGGUGUGCUACCUUCCACUUACAGCAUUCAUCCUCAAACCAUUGCAAAGGCUUUUGCACUACCAGAAUUUGCUUGAUCGACUGAUUCGCCACUACGGGAAGGAUCAUUUGGAUUAUGAAGACUGCUGUGUAGCAAAACAGAAAUUGUCAGCUACUGCACAGAAAGUUCCAGCAGCUUUGAAGCACUCAGAGAAUUUUGUGCAACUAUGUGAAUUACAGCGAGAUUUGAGUGGCUUUGAUAACUUAGUACAACCUGAAAGGGAGUUUCUACGACAGGGUUGUUUGAUGAAACAGUCACGCAAAGGAUAUCAACAACGAAUGUUCUUCCUGUUUUCAGACAUACUGCUGUACACAAACCGGAGUGUUGUUCCAAGUAUACAAUUCAGAGUACAUGGCCAGAUGCCUCUGAGAGGGGUAAUGGUGGAAGAAUCACCAGAAAAUCAAAUGGGAGCAAACUACUGUUUCACUAUAUAUGGAGGAAAUCGGGCACUGACAGUUGCUGCAGGCAGCCAAGAGGAAAAAGACAAAUGGAUAGAGGACUUAACAGUUGCAAUCCAAGCAGCCAAGGAGAGAGGAGACAACAAAUUGCAGUACUUAAGCCUCAAAUCCUGCAGUUCUUCUGAUGAAAUAAUUGAUAAGUGUGGUGAAGACACUGCUUCAAACAGAGAGAAAGCUUCUCAGACUCAGCGCAGCAAUACAACAGUUCAUGUCUGUUGGCAUCGCAACACUAGUAUUAGCAUGCAGGACCAACUCAGAGCUGUGGAGAAUCAACUGAGUGGCUACCUGCUAAGAAAAUUCAAGAACAGUAAUGGCUGGCAGAAACUCUGGGUUGUCUUUACAAAUUUCUGUCUAUUUUUCUACAAGACAUAUCAGGAUGAUUUUCCUUUGGCCAGUUUGCCUCUUCUUGGAUAUACUGUAAGCACACCUUCUGAGAAGGAUGGAAUACAGAAAGAUUAUGUCUUCAAACUCCAAUUCAAGAAUCAUGUGUACUUCUUUCGUGCAGAAAGUGAAUACACCUUUGGCAGGUGGAUGGAAGUCAUAAGCAGCGCAACACAGCACUCGGGACGCAUUCGUCUCUUCAGUAGAAAAGAUAGUGCACUAGAAGAUAGUCACAGAUAAAACCAUGUUUGAAAUAAUGGAAUAUCCAUAUUCACCCUCCAUUUUACAUCACAGGAUCAAUGCUAUCAAUGUGUUCCUUCUGAGCUACAGUAUUCCAUUUUUUGUACUUAUAGUUCAUUUUAUAACCAGCUGUUGUUUGUAGCCUAUUUGAAUACUGUCAUCUGUUUUAUCUGUCUACAGUAAAAGUAAAUAAGGCCUACAAUUAUAUGCAAGAGAUUUCAUGGCUGUUUUCCAUCUGUGAUAUGAUCCAACUGAAAGACAUCAGGGCAUGCUGAAUAGCAACAAGUCUCUUCUGCUGCUUCUUUAUUUUUUUAAUAAACUGCAAUAUGGUUAUUGCCAAAAUUCUAGCUUUUUUACUUGAGAGUAUGUUACUGCAAAUAUUAACUUAGAAGCACUAGAUGCAUAUAUAAUUGCUUAGAUUCUGUUGUAAAUGCACAUACCUUUCUUUGUAAUACUCCUGCACGUCAUUCAGUCACAUUUUGUGUGUGACUGUAAUUCAGUUCUUAUAAGGGAAAGUGUAAAAUAUGCAAGUCGUGAAAACUUUUCAGGUUAGGAUUUGAAUUAUUCCUUGCAAUACUCCAGCAUUAAUAUUUUAUGAAGUUUAUCUAUUAAACAAUCACAUCUGAUGUACAUUCCACAGUGAACUGGCUAAGGAUACAGAUUAUGAAUAUAUAGUUAUCUAACUUCUCCUGUUUACCUUCUGUUUCCCUUCUCCCGAUCAUCACUCUUGAGUGAUUAUUUGUGUGUCCUGCUGUUGUUUUGUAAUGUUCAUUCUAUUCAUCAAGAUUUUUUUGUAACAUCUUCUCAUCUUGUGGUUAUUUUAAAGUAAAUUUCAAAUGUUGCAAUUGUUUUUAACAUUAACAGAGUGUGAAUAUGGUUUCAGGUGUGAGAUAGUAUUUUAUUCAAUCUUCAGCACCUUUAGUGAUCAAAAAAUUAUGACAUGAUGUGCAUGUAGUUUUAUAACAAAUAAGAAAACAUGAUCAGUUGAUCUCUUCUGUGAAACUGUGUACCAUCUAUGAAGUGUGUCAUUUACACUAUAUAACUGAGAACCUACAGGUUACUUUUUUACUGUGAGUUGUAAAAUGAUAGCUAAAGAUUUCUCCAUUGCUGUAUGGAAUAUGUUACUGCAAAUUGUCAUUUGACUUUUCUUCAUAUCUGCAGUUUCAGAUUCUCAACAUUUAGUGUUGUUGAUGACAACAUUUUCAGUUAAUUACUUGUUUUAUGUUCAAGGUACAUUUCUGAAAAUUAAGAUUUAAAUGAAGAGACAAAUGUUCAUAUGUCAGGUCUAGGAUGUAUUGUAACUGUUUUCUUACCAUUUUCUUUGUUGCUUUUUAUUACACUGUGGGCAUACACUUGCAACCAAAGUUAUAACUGUAUGGAAAACAGGGAAAAAAUCAGAUGAAGAAGAAACAUCUAUAGCAAAUCCAAAACCAUUGACAAAAUAUUAAUGAAUCCCAUCGUUCAGAAACCAGAAACUCGUCUUCCACAUUAGAAGAAAUGGAGCAUGCUCCUGACCUGCAAGUUUGGAGGUGCGUGCCUUUUAUUUGUGCCAAUGGAUUUGUUGCACAUUUAUUUUGCAGACAAGCAGGCUAAUUUAUCAGUGUAAACAGUCUUCUUUACUUCUGUGAUAUGAUAUAUUCAUCCCCAGUGUGUUAAAGAAUACAAGGAAGUACUGUAUUCAAAAUACAAAAAGUGUAAAAUCCAGAUAAACUCAAUGCAAAGCAGGAAGAAACUCACACUUUCUAAUUGUUGGAACAGGAACAGUUGGAGCUUAGAUAAAAGUCACACAAAUGAAAAAAUGUUUUCUUUUUAUCUUUUUUCUGAUUGCUUACUAUGCAUUUUCAGUGCGUACAUAAAUUUUAUGUCUUUGAUUAGCUUUUCUUGAAUGUGAGGACCUCAUUGGCAGUAGUUGGAAUUCAAUCUUAGUUCAUACAGCAGGCUGUUAUUCCCUUGUAACUCUUAAUAUUGGGACUGGGUGACUUUUACGUUCAUGAAGCUGUAUGCUGUCCUUUACCUUUUCCUAUUUUCUAUCUGUUUCUUCCCUACAACACUAGAACAACUUCAAGAGAUAAACUCUGCUUUUUCAGUUGUUGUUUGUUAGUCAAACUGUAAUUGCCCCUAUUUUUGAAUUUGGUGAGCCCACACUCUUUUUCUGUCUCAUGCAUCACAAAUAUCAUCAGGCUGCACAGUUCACUAUAAAUGUUAGAAUAUAUAGACUGAUAAAAAUGGCACUCAUGUGAAAUUUAUUCCAGGUGCCAUUGCUCAUGUAAAUGUGACACUUGGUUAGAGAAAACAUCUUAUUGAUAAAUUAUAUAUAGAAAAGAAAUAAAGCAUUUAUUAUGGAAGUUGCUGUAAUGAUAGUGAAAGUGGUAGUAUGGAAGUGAUAGUACUAGUAAUUGCUAUCUAAAAAGUCGUACCGUUUUCUUCUUAUCUUGAAGAAACAAAAGGAAAUCAUUAGAAGCAGUUAUUAUGAAGUCUGACUUAAAUGUUUGAUGAAUUCCUGUACUUGUGUAAAGUAGCUGACUCUACCAAGGAAGAAGAAAUUUUGUGAUCACUGAUUUUACAAUUUUUCUAAUUGAGAUUGACCUUGUUAUAGAAAACUGGUAUCAUCAUUGUUUAGAAUUAUCUGCUUCAGACCAUUCAGUAGCAGUGAAUACCUUGGAUCAAAUAGAACCAAAGGCUAAGCUCGCUCCCCCCCCCCCCCCCCCUCCCCCCAUUGUGGAUUACCAGGGAGGGAAUUCACAUGAACUUUCACAUCUGUCACUUCUGUCACUUGGGAAGUGUCCAUUUGUGUUUUCAUUUUAUGUGUGGUGACAGUGAAGAGAAAUUGAACACUUCAUUUUCUCACUUUUUUGUGUGUGAUCCAGUGAUAUUUUCUUGGCACAAUUAUUUUCAUGCCAGAAAACCAUAUUUAGUGUCACUAUAACCAUGCUGUGUGCCAGUGUAACAGAACUCUUACCUUACUCUGACAGUGUUUCUCCUGUGGCCUUGUAAAAUAAAAGAGAGAGAAAAUGAAGAGUCUGAAAAAUUACUGGAGGCAUGUAAAAUUUAUGAGGACAGUCCCCAUAGUCCAACACUUAUUAGAAUAAUGAUAACACUUACAGAAUUAACAAAAUUGGGGUUGUCAGUUUUAGCCACCAUUACAUUUUGUGCAACUUAGUGCAAAAGAAAAACUAAUUUUGCCUCAAAAGGCCUAAUAUGUAUGCUAUGCAUGUCUUGGCAUACCUGUUCUACACAUUUUAGUGAACCUUAAUUUGUGAUAAUUGUGUUUUGUGCCCUUUAUUGGCAUAAAUGUGUAAAUACUGAAAAGUUGACUGGCAGUUUAAGUGUCUUUUAUUCCAAAAUUUAUUAUUCCAAUGUUGCAUUUGUUUAAUGUCAAGAGUCAUAUUUCUUGCAAGAGACAUUAAUUUUGUGGUUGUCAGUUUGUUGUAAAAUUGUUGGCAUUUAAGUCACUGUAGUCGCUAUGUAUUCUGUUGAAGUUUCUGGCAGAAGUCUUUCUUAUUGUCAUUAUCCCUCUUCUUAGAAUUAAUGUGAUGUUACAAGUGAUAUUGUUGACAUUUCUGAGGACACGUAUCCAUCAUGAAUAUUGUUAUUUAUUUAUUUUUUUGCAAGUUGCUUUUGUACAUAACAUCAUGAACUGAUAGAAAUUUCUGAUUUCUACUUUGAAGAGAAGUUUUCUGUAUUGCAUUUCAAUGCUUUCCAUUUGUAAUAGUUUAAUGAAACAGACAUAAUGUAAAUCUAUUUUUAUGGAAUAUUUUUACUUGUAAGUUUGUAAUAUUUCUGUUCAUCAAUUGUGAUUUAUAUAGAAUAAAAUUAGUAAAAGUUCAAGAAAUAUUGUGCUCAAUAGAAGUUAACAUUUAUUAUAUCAAUACUGAAAUUAGAGAUAUCUGCAGGUAUUCCUGUUAUUUGUUGUGACAGGGAGGAUAUGUCAAGAUGUAUUAAAUAUUUAGAAGUCCUA